ACAAUGAACCACGAUCUGCUCUAAACAACGCAUGCGUACGAUAGGUUUAUUUUCAAUUAAUUAACCUAAGGAGUGAGAAAGAGGGUUGUUUCUUUUGAGUAUUUUCGUUGUGUACAAACAUCUGUAGUUCUUGUUCUUAGUUCGUAAAAUAAAAUGAAGGUGUAUGCAGUAUUAAUAGUAGCCUUAAUUGGUUUUGUGUGUGGUGAGGAAGAGAUUACCGAGGAAGAAAAUGUAUUAGUUUUGACGAAAGCUAACUUUGAUGCUGCAAUAGCCAAACAUAGUAACAUUUUGGUGGAAUUCUAUGCACCGUGGUGUGGUCACUGCAAAGCUUUGGCACCAGAAUACGCCAGUGCAGCUGGUCAGUUAAAGGAGAAAGAAUCGGACAUAAAAUUGGCGAAAGUUGAUGCGACCGUUCACACAGAUUUGGCUACGAAAUAUCAAGUUCAAGGAUAUCCAACAAUCAAGUUCUUUAAAGGUGGAAAACCCUCAGAAUAUGGAGGCGGACGACAAGCAAAUGAUAUUGUUAGCUGGUUGUUAAAGAAGACAGGCCCCCCUGCUAAAACUUUAGCAUCAAGUGAAGAUGUAAAAGAAUUUCUUGAAGGCAAAGAGGUUGCUGCUUUGGGAUUCUUUGCUGACGUUGAAUCAGAUGCUGCCAAGUCUUACAUAGCAGCUGCUGAUGAGAUAGAUGAUGUAGAAUUUGGUCUUGUAUCAAGUCCUGAGAUUGCUGCCGAAUAUAAGAUUGAGGGAGAUGGCAUUUUGCUAUCGAAAAAGUUUGACGAUGGUGAUGUUGUCUAUAGUGGUGAAUAUGAAUCUGAAGCGAUCUCAGCAUUUGUUCAAGCCAACAAAAUGCCGUUAGUGAUGGAAUUUACGGAUGAAAGUGCACCCAAAAUCUUUGGUGGCGACAUUAAAGUUCACAUGUUGCUGUUCAUUAAAAAGAGUGCUGACAAUUUCAAAGAAACCCUUGAUUAUUUCAAUGAAGUUGCCAAAGAAUUUAAAGGACAAAUCUUAUUUGUGUAUAUCGAUGUUGAUGUUGAAGAUAACAGUCGAGUGUCAGAAUUCUUUGGUCUUACGCAAGAUGAUGUUCCAACUGUUCGUAUAAUCAACAUGACUGAACAGGAUAUGGCUAAAUUUAAACCAGAUUUUGAACAACUCUCUGCAGAUAAUCUAAGGAAGUUUGCUAAAGAUUUCAUUGAUGGAAAUUUAAAGCCACAUAGAAUGUCUGAAGACAUUCCUGAAGACUGGGACAAAAACCCUGUGAAAGUUCUUGUUGGGAAGAACUUCCAAAAAGUUGCCUUGGAUAAGGAGAAAAAUGUGUUCGUUGAAUUCUAUGCACCUUGGUGUGGUCAUUGUAAACAACUCGCGCCCAUAUGGGAUAAACUUGGAGAAAAGUUUAAAGAUGAUGAAAGUAUUGUGAUUGCAAAAAUGGACGCAACAAAGAAUGAGAUCGAGGAAGUUCAAGUUGAUAGUUUUCCAACUUUAAAAUAUUUCCCUAAAGAUUCAGAUGAGAUUGUUGACUACACUGGAGGUCGGACUUUAGAAGAUCUUACUAAAUUUAUUGAAUCGGGAGGCAAAGAAAUGAGUGGCAAAGAUGCUGAAGGAGAUGAAGAGGGUGAACCUGGACCUGAAGAUGAGGAGGGUGAAGGUGCACCUGAGGAUGAAGAGGGUGAAGGUGGACCUGAAGAUGAAGAGGGUGAAGGUGGACCUGAAGAUGAGGAGGGUGAAGGUGGACCAGAAGAUGAGGGUGGACCUGAAGAUGAAGGUGGACCUGAAGAUGAGGGUGGAGAAGAAGAAACACCUGCAAAAACAGAAUUAUAAACUGGAAUACUAAAAACAUGGACGACUUGUUUUUUGUCGCAUCAAUAUUAUACGUAUUUUCUUUAUAAUUUAUUAUUUAGCCGUGCUAUUAUCAUUUAGGUGUGUUAUUCUUGUGAAAUUAAAGUUUUUCCAAAAAAAAUUUUUUUC